UUAGGAGUUGAAGACUUGCCCUGUUCGUUGUUCAUUGUUAAGAGUGUAUGAUGGCUGUUGGAAAGAAUGAAGAUUUGCUGAGAACAAAUGUAGACAAGCCAAGCCGGCUCUCUUGUUUCCUGGGACGGUUGAGUUAGGAGAUGGCUUUCAUGGAGCGUUCACCACUGAUACCUCACCGCCGCGACCUCUGCAGCCGUACUAUCUGGCUAGCAAGGAAGAUACAUUCAGACCUGACUGCUCUGAUGGAAUCUUACGUGAAGCAUCAGGGCCUGAACAAGAACAUCAGCCUUGACUCUGUGGAUGGUGUGCCAAUGGCAAGCACUGAUCAGUGGAGUGAGCUGACCGAGGCAAAGCGACUCCAAGAGAACCUCCAAGCUUAUCGGGCCUUCCAUGUUAUGUUGGCCAGACUUUUAGAAGACCAACAGGUGCAUUUUACCCCAAAUGAAGGUGACUUCCAUCAAGCUAUCCAUACCCUUCUGCUCCAGGUUGCUGCCUUUGCUUACCAGCUAGAGGAAUUAAUGGCGCUGUUGGAAUAUAGUAUUCCUCCCAAAGAGUCUGAUGGGUCUCCUGUUGCGGGAGGAGGUGGGCUCUUUGAGAAAAAGCUGUGGGGCCUAAAGGUGCUGCAAGAGCUUUCACACUGGACAGUGAGAUCCAUUCAUGACCUCCGUGUCAUUUCUCAUCAUCCAACUGGGAUUCCCACACGGGGGAACCAUUAUAUUGCCAGUGACAAGAAAAUGUAGCGGGUGUCCCUCUGUGCUUUGUUUUCAUUUCUCGUAAAAUGUACAAAGUUUUCUUGGGGUCUCACUUUCCCACCUUAAGUUUAUUGAAAGCAUUAAAACUAUAGUAAAUCUCAUCAAGUAGAAUUAAAGACAAAUGGACAGAGAAGUCAGGUGAACACAGGUUGUGGGAGUGGGGAUGGAAGAGUGGUUACUGGGGACAUGGGCCUGCUUUAGGGCCUGUUAAAGGGUCUAACAGCCUUAGCAGCAGAAAAAAAAGAUUUUAAUUCUGAGUUUGGGUGACUCUUCUGGGAAAAUAAAAAGCCAGUGAUGCAAAAAUCUUGACUACAGUUAACUCAUAUACUUAGAUAAUAAAAGUAACAAUAGCUAACAUUUAUUAUCUACUAUGUUGAAACAGUGUGCCAGAAGCUUUAUGUAUGUCUGUAUAGCAACACAAAGUUGUAAGGAAAGUAGAAUUCCCAUUCGAUAGAAGAGAAAAAGUUGCAGCAGCUAAAAAUGUUAAGAUUUCCUUGGGAAAAAGGAUUAGUCAGCAAACUUUCAGACAUUGGAAGCUAGAUAAAUGAUAUCACGUCAGUCUUAGAAUCCACUGAACCUGCCUGAAUAUUGGUUUAGGCACAGCCUAAGCUAAUUUGCCUCAUGUGAUGUAGAAAUACAGGCAUUCUGACCCAAGGAUUCAUACAAGGUGGCUGGAAUACUAUUUAAGCACUUUUGUCACCACAUUCUCUGGACUUCGUCAUGUGGAGAUGGUGAGGUGAUGUGGCCCACUCUGUUGCUACUGGGAAUGCCAAAGAAUCUGAAUUAUACAGUAAGGGCUGGGUGACAUACAAGUAAAAGGGCAGUGCUGUAUGUUGAAUGAGGGCCACUGUUGGAAAUGGUCAUUUGCCACAAAACCUGUCUCCUGGUGCACUAGUCGACUCAGUAUCAGACUUAACAGCAGAGUUAAACUCCAGAUUGAGAGCCCAAGUCAACUUAGUUUAAUUGACCAAGGGGCGAACCUUGCGUCCCAGGACUAGCUCCAAAAGAAUGCAUGAGUUGGGGAUGAGCAGCUUGGCUUACGUCAUUUCCCAUAUGUUUCCAGCUGCCUGGAGUCAGUAUUACAAAAGGACUCAAGAGCACUCAGCGUUGUGACAGCCUGUGUGCUAGCAUGUAUUUGUGGUGAUACAGUUGUAUAAGCAGAAUCAGUACUUGCUUGGAAUUAUGGUGCCCAGGAUUUAUCUAUUAGAGUUGAAGAGCCAGCUGAAUACAAAGCUAGCAAUCACAAGGAGAGAAAUGUAAAACUAGCCUGCUUAGAACAAAAGCUGGAGUAAGGAUCUGCCAAGAGGGUCCUGUUGUUGAACUGUACUUGUGACUUUAUCACAAUAUGUAGUUCACAAUGAUUGCAUGCAAGCUUAUUCCAUUCAAGCUUUUUCUUAUCCGGAUAGUUUCUGCUUAGGAGUGGCAUUUUCAGUUAAUGAAGUGUUGUGAUUGUUACUAUGAAACUCUUAAAUUUACCUGGAUGAAGCUCUUCCUUAAUUGAGAAAGGUGUGGCUAAAAUUUCUUGAUGAAAAGCAGCUAUAGUCGGCUUGUUGGAUCUGAAAUGAGUGACUCCUGUCCAAAUGUUUUUGUAUCCAGCAGAUGUGGCAGGGCAAAUAUCUGCACAAAUUUCAAAACUCAGCAGAGGCUGGCUGAAGCUCUCUGCUAACUGGAGUAGCAGCUUUGAAGGAGCAGAGGUCUAGAAAAGGCACCAGCAGUGACUGCUGAAGAUACCAGGUUGAUAAACUAACAGGGACCCAGUGUUCUAGAAGUGUGUCUAGUAGUAAAGGCGGGGUUAACAACCCCAAAAGUACGUUGCUUAGAUAUUAUUUAUCUCUUGAAUCCAUAUAUAGUUAGAAUCUUUGGGAACUUAUACCUAUGUAACUUUAUAGUUGCAAUAAAAUGCUUUAAUUUAGUCACUAGCCCCUGACAAUAAAAAGGAUUCCUUCCAUCCGUUGCCUCCAGUGAAGUUCUGUCUGUGGUAAGAGAAGUUGUUUGCCUGAGUAC